CUCACACAAAACAGGCUUGUUGGAAAGCUGCCCUCCAAUAUAGGCUUUACCCUUCCCAACAUAAGGGAGCUUCACCUGGGACGCAAUAGUUUGGAAGGACCAAUACCGAGUUCUUUAUCCAAUGCUUCACAAAUUGAAUAUCUUGAUCUCUCCUCAAAUAAUUUCACAGGGCCUAUUCCUUUACUUGGUAAAUUGAAAAAUCUAGUCAAAUUAGUUCUUGGCUCAAAUAAAUUAUAUUCUACAACAGAGCUGAAUUUUCAAGUAUUUGAUUCCCUCACUAACUGUACCCAGCUAGAGGAUAUCUAACUGAAUUCCAACCAAUUAUCCGGCGAACUUCCCAGUUCUGUUGCAAAUCUAUCAGUCAAACUCAAAGAAUUUUGUAUGGAUGAUAAUCUGUUGACCGGUAGUUUCCCUCAAGGAUUUGAGAGGUACCAAAACCUUGUAGCCUUAUCAAUUCAACAAAACUCUUUCAAGGGCCAAGUACCAAGGUCCAUCGGAAAGCUUCAGAAACUAGAAACAAGAUAACUGGCCCAAUACCGAAGUUAUUGGAAAAUCUAGCAGCACUGGAGAGCUUGGCUCUUUCUUUCAACAAUCUUUCAGGUGUAAUCCCCAAAGAGUUGCAGAACCUUCAAGUUUUGCAGAUGUUAAAUUUGUCUUUCAACAGCUUGGAAGGAGAAGUACCGACAAAUGGUGUCUUUGCAAACAUCAGCUGGGAUUCUCUCCAGGGAAACUCCGGGCUCUGUGCAUUUGACCAUGAUGCUGCAGAAAAGCUAAGAGUCACUACUUGUGUCACAAAAACAAAGUCAAAUUCUGAUUUAGUACUCAAAGUCACUAUUCCAAUUUCUGCUAUCAUUGUGCUUGUCUGUGCAUUGUGUUUAGUGUGGGCACUAGUCACCAAAAACAAGAGGAAGAUAAGAAACAAUGGAACUUCUUCAUCGGCAGUCAAGGGUUUUCCCCCAAGGCAAUCUUACUCAGAAAUCCAUCAUGGUACAAAUGGUUGUGCCCCAGAAAAUUUGUUAGGGAAAGGAGCGUUUGGGUCUGUUUACAAAGCUGUUUUCAGUACAGGUGAGAAUAGCACCCUGACCACAGUUGCAGUGAAGGUUCUAGACUUGACACAAAGUAAAGCUUCCAAGAGUUUUGAUGCAGAAUGUGAAGCUCUAAGAAACAUCCACCAUCGGAACCUUGUUAAGGUGUUCACUUCUUGCUCUAGCAUUGAUCAGACAGGAGCUGCAUUCAAGGCUUUGGCUAUGGAAUUCAUGUCUAACAGUAACUUGGAUAAGUGGUUAUAUCCAGAGGAAGUUGAAUGUGGAUCAACUCUGACACUAAUCCAGAGACUGAAUAUUGCCAUUGAUGUAGCUACUGCCUUAGAUUUCCUACAUCAUGACUGUGAUCCACCAGUAGUCCAUUGUGAUUUGAAACCUGGAAAUGGGCUUUUGGACGAAGAUAUGACUGCUCAUGUUGGAGAUUUUGGGUUAGCAAGAUUUCUCUCCCAUGAUACAUCACAGAAUGGAGGCAGCACAAUUGGACUAAGAGGCUCAAUUGGUUACAUUGCUCUAGAGUAUGGCUUGGGUGGAAAGGCUUCAACCAGUGGGGAUGUCUAUAGCUUUGGAAUACUGCUGCUUGAGAUGAUAAUUGCCAAGAAGCCCACAGAUAGCAUGCUCCAGGAAGGUUUAGGCCUAAACAAGUUCAUCUCUGAAGUGCACAAGAGUAAAAUCUUGGAUAUUGCUGAUCCAAGGCUUUUCAAAGAUUAUGAAUCUGUAACACCGAGCAGAAGUAGUACUAGUUCUAUUGGUGGAGAGAGCAGCAGCAGCAGCAACAACAACAUUGCUUUAAGAAGUGAGGAGUGUGUGGCUGCAAUGGUGGGAGUAGGAUUAUCUUGUGCUGCUCAUUCAUCAAAAGAACGUUUUACUAUGAGAGAAGCCUUAUCCAAGUUGCAAGAGAUUAAAAGGAGUUCUAUUGGAUUUUGA